AUGUCCGAUUACGCCAAGCUCGUGGCCAGCCUCAGUGCCGCCGACAUUUUACAAAAAUGGCCCGUGACGCCCAUGAAGAAGAUCUCGGGCAUUCCUACCUCAUCGUCGUCUGAGUCAUCGGGCGAUGAUGAUGCCUUGAGCGGACACGAUUCGGAACAGAUCAAGUUGAUGGAUGAACUUUGCAUAGUCUUGGACAACGACGACAGGCCCGUGGGUGCCGGCACUAAGAAGACGUGCCACUUGUUGAGUAAUAUCAACGAGGGCCUCUUACACAGAGCAUUCUCGGUGUUCCUCUUCAACGAAGAUGGCAAGUUGUUAUUGCAGCAAAGAGCUGACGAGAAGAUCACUUUCCCCGCCAUGUGGACCAACACCUGUUGUUCGCAUCCUUUGUGCGUUCCCUCUGAAUUGGGUGUUUCUGGCGAGCCAGGUUCUACCGACGACAUCAACAGCUUGGCCAACGCAGUCCAGGGAGCCAAGGUGGCUGCCCAGAGAAAGCUUGAGCACGAGUUGGGUAUCCCUGCCGGGGAUGCUCCACUCGCAGACUUCACAUACUUGACCAGAAUCCACUACAAGUCUGCAUCAGCCGACUCCAAGCAAUGGGGCGAGCACGAAAUCGACUACAUCUUGAUCUUGAAGACAAAGAACGACAUCACCAUCGACGCCAACUACAACGAAGUCAAGGACUACAAGUACGUGACUGCCGAAGAAUUGAACACCAUGUUCACUGACGACUCAUUGGUGUUCACUCCAUGGUUCAAGUUGAUCUGCCAGACCUUCUUGUUCAAGUGGUGGUCCAACUUGGACAGCUUAGCACAAUUCAAAGACGAUGAAAUCCACCGUUUGCUUUAA